AUGGCUAACCCGCUUAGCUCAGGGGAGAGAGCAAAGUCCUACGAAUGUUUACUGAGAUUUUACUCAAACUGUGGUCCACCAUCACCUUUGACGUCUGAGACAUUGAUCACGCCAGUAAUAGCUGUAAUGUCCGAAAUUAUGCCAGGUUUGCACUAUCUGACAUUGAGAUUGUCAAGCACGCUGUCUCCUCUGCCAUCGCUUGUUUUGAUAAUAGUUAAGACUAAACGUAACUAUGUACAGAGUGAGGCGCUCCAGUCCCUGGCGACCACGCCGAGGCCAUACGUCAUUUGGUCAGUGCCAGAUAUGUUUUCACACGGACCGCCUAUAUCAAGUCUUAAACGGAGGGAGGAUGAUGAAAAGUAUGACAAGGAACGACAACUGGACACAUUAGGAGAAGCUGUUUACGAUUACCAUCCUCCAAGAGAAGUUUUUUUUUCUGAUGAAAAGGACAACAGCAAGUCUGUUGAUGCUGAAGGUUCAGUAAAUGAAGACAAACGAUCGUUUGACACACUUGGAAACAUGCAAAUACACGGGAAUAAACGCGCUCUAGAUACACCGGGUAAUAUGCAACUACACGGAUACAAAAAGGGCUUUGAUUCUUUAGGUGGUGUAAAUUUACAUGGGGGUUACAAGAAAUUUAUAUCUUUACUAGGAGGAGCUAACCUUCACGGCUACAAAAGGGCAAUGGACAAUCUUGGUGGCAAUUUUGUACAUGCUUACAAGAGAUAUUUGUCCUCUCUUGGAGCAAGCAAUAUUCACGGCGGAUACAAACGUAAUAUGGACAAGCGUUACCUAUCUUCUUUAGGAGGCGGAAAUAUCUACAAACGCAAAUUUGAUAGUCUCUGUGGAGUUAAUCUACAUGGUGGAUACAAAAGAUUCUUGAGCUCACUAGGCGGUACUAAUAUCCACAAUGGAGGAAACAGCAAACGAACAUUUUCCUCGCUGGGUGGGGCUAAUGUUCAUGACGGAUUUAAACGUGCACUAAGUUCUCUCGGUGGAGAACAAAUCUAUGGAUAUAAAAGAGCCGGUAGUGACAUUGAAGAUGACUUCGAGAAGCGUAAACUAGACUCACUUGGGGGAUUCAGUGUACAUCGUUUUAAGCGAAGUGAGGGAGAUGUUGAAAAAGACGACAAAGCUAAUGAAGGUUUCUUAUCGUUCGACAAAUCAGGUGUAGCGAAAUGUAAGAAACGUAACAACUAUGUACAGAGUGAGGCGCUACAGUCCCUGGCGACCACGCCCAGGCCAUACGUCAUUUGGUCAAUGCCAGAUAUGGUUUCACACGGACCGCCUGUUUCAAGUCUUAUACGGAGAGAGGAUGAUGAAAAGUAUGACAAGGGACGACAACUGGACACAUUAGGAGGUGAUUUUCUUUACGAUUACCGCUUUCCAAGAGAAUACGAUGAGUUCUUUUCUGAUGAAGAAGACGACAGCAAGUCUGUUAAUGCUGAAGGUUCAGUAAACGAAGACAAGCGAUCGUUUGACACACUAGGAAACAUGCAAAUUCAUGGAUAUAAACGCGCUCUAGAUACACUGGGAAAUAUGCAAUUGCACGGAUACAAGAGGGGCUUUGAUUCUUUAGGCGGUGUAAAUCUACAUGGUGGUUACAAGCGAUUUGUAUCAUCACUAGGAGGGGCUAAUCUGCACGGCUACAAAAGGGCAAUGGACAGUCUUGGCGGCAACUUUGUCCAUGCUUACAAGAGAUAUUUGUCCUCACUUGGAGGAAGCAAUAUUCACGGCGGAUACAAACGUAAUAUGGACAAGCGUUACCUAUCUUCUUUAGGAGGCGGAAAUAUCUACAAACGCAAAUUUGAUAGUCUCGGUGGAGUUAAUCUACAUGGUGGAUACAAAAGAUUCUUGAGCUCACUAGGCGGUACUAAUAUCCACAAUGGUGGUAACAGCAAACGAUCAUUUUCCUCGCUGGGUGGGGCUAAUGUUCAUGAUGGAUUUAAACGUGCACUAAGUUCUCUCGGUGGAGCACAAAUCUAUGGCUAUAAAAGAGCCGGUAGUGACAUUGAAAAUGACUUCGAGAAGCGUGAACUAGACUCACUUGGGGGAUUCAGUGUACAUCGUUUUAAGCGAAGUGAGGGAGAUGUCGAAACAGAUGACAAAGCUAAUGAAGAGACGCUUAAAGAAUAAGUUUUGAAGAAGAAAUGAAAUUCGAAUCACAAUUGAAUGCAGUUUUAUAUGUUUAAAAGAUACAUUUUCACUUACAUGUACAAUUUUGUGAUAACAAGUUUUAGAAUAAAUAAUGUAUAAAAGGACAUUAGAUAAUUCUAUCAGUUACAUAAAUGUCAUUUUAAGCGUAUCAAAUUACAUCAUAUAACAGUAAGAAAACUAAAACAGAAAGAAACAAUAAAUGAUAUUUAAUACAUGUAAGGUAUAUAAAAUGGGAUGCGCUUAAGGUAGUUCUGCACUUUCGGAUCAAAAUAUUUUCUACAUUUACUUCAAAACAUACUUAGACAAUUCAGCACAUAAAAACGACUGGGUCAUGCGCUUGAUUGUUUGUAGUUUGAUUUGAAUAAUUUGGAUCUCACGCAAGUUUUCAUAAUGGGAGUCUAUGAAAAAAUCACAAUUUUCAAAACAUUGUCGCGAAUAGAAAUUUUUCUACAAUGUAGAUUUUAAUGAAACUUCUCACAGUGGUAAAUGAACAUAUGGUCUUUAAUGUGUUUAAAUAAGAUGUAUAGGUGCGUGUGCUUAUUUCUGACAUAUUUGACAAUGUUUAAAGUGAACCGCACAUUCCAAGCUAUUUGUAAGACAUCAUUUUGAAUAUUUUAAUAUGUCAGACGUUUUAAUACCAUAUUGUAACUUUACAAAGAUAAUGACAGUGACAUUGUAAUAGAUAUACUCAUUGGUUGCCAUUAAUUCAUAAAAUGAUUUUCAUUCACUUACGCCGAAUCCAGGCUUGAUUCUACGUUUUCCGGAUAAAUAACGUUACGCCAUCACUUCCGGAUUAUCAACCGUGCAGAACUACCUUAACACAAAAGGUGACAACCUUUGCAAUUUAAGAAACAAAUUCUACCAUAAUAUCUGUGUUUCAGCUUCCUGGAAGAUGUUCAUGUCAUGUUAGUGCGUUUUGAACAUUUUUAUUCAAUCUGAAUCUCAUAUCAUUCCUCUGUGUCUGUUAUGAAAAUUGAAUUAAAUUAAAACUUGCAAAAAUACUUGAAGAAGUUUGAAUAUUAAUAAAUAUUAAACAUUAUGUAAUAAUCUUACUUAAACGCUUUUUUCAAAUACCCGAAACAUUAUAUUUGAAACAAGGUAUAGAUAAACGUUUAAACCAGUAUUUGUGAUGUUUCUUUCUUGUUUACACGAUCAAAGUUAUAUUUUGAUAUAUCUUGUAUUAUAGAUAAUAAAAUGUCUGAAUUAAAUUA